AUGACGGUGGAAGACAAGCGCAUCGGACACCUGGUCGUCGACUCCGGUGGCUUCAUCAAAAAUGCCCCGAUCGAGCGACUCUGCGCAAAUGCAUACACGAUCCCGGAAGUAGUAGCAGAAAUCAGAGAUAAACAGACAAAAGCGCGACUCAAGAUCUUGCCUUAUGAACUGAAAUUUAGAGAUCCCUCUCAGGAGGCGAUCAACAAAGUAUCCGAAGCUGCCAAACUCUCUGGAGACAUUGCCUCGCUCUCUGCUGUUGAUAUCAAAGUUUUAGCCUUGACUUAUCAGCUCAGUAAAGAAUUGGCACCAGAAAAGGAGCUGAAGGAAGAUCUCUCGAGUGUCGAGACAAAAGAGCAGAUCGGAGCGGAUCCUGCAGUGGACGAAGCUAAGAAGAUUCGAGGGUUUUACGAAGGAGAUUCGUCAGAAGACGAAGACGACGGUGAAGGAGAAUGGACGACGCCAGAUAAUGUGGACGACGAUUCCGAGGACGACAACGAUGAUGAUUGGAUCACGCCAUUCAACAUCGACGAUGUCCCAGAAGAAGUCGAAGAGCCCGAUUUCGUCGCUUGUCUUACGACUGAUUUCGCCAUGCAAAACGUGCUGUUGAGAAUGAAGAUCGGAAUGGUUGGCGUUGAAGGACGAAAGAUCAAAAAUGCAAGAAAAUAUAUUUUAAGAUGCACUGGCUGCAAAUAUAUCGACAAGACUUGUACAAAGGUCUUCUGUCCCGGCUGUGGUCACAAGACAAUGCGUCGGGUUGCGUGCGAAGUCUUGGAAGACGGAAACAUCAAACUCUUCCUGGCCAAAGAUCCCAAAUGCCUCAAAUCACGAGGCACCGUCUACAACUUGCCUAAACCCCAAGGCGGUAAAUACGCCAAGAACCCGGUUCUAACGGAUCUCCAGCCAAUGCCGCAACAGCGAGUUUCAAAGAAGACGAUGAUGCGAAAUAAUAUCAUGGCAUCGGACUUGGACGCGAUGGAAUCGCCCUUCCAUUUCAACGAUACAGAAUCGAAGGGAUACAGAUUGGGCUUUGGCCAGCGAAACAGACAUUUCAAAAAUCCAAAUGCUUCGCGACCACGAGGAAAGAAGAAGUAA